AAGAGGAGGUGUCGAUCCCCUUCUUCAUUGAGUUUGACGCCAUCUUCUAUAGCCCCGCGGCUUCUGGACACGUGGUACCGUAGAGUGACCCGAGCGCGAAAUCUGCAUGCGUAUUUAGAUGCCGACCACGCGCCCCGCGGUUGCCUGAGCACCUGCCAGAUCCAAUUCUUCAUCAAUCUGUAUUCUUGGAGCCCCAACAUGACAUCUUUACCUACCCUCCUCUUUGUGCCGGGUGCCUGGCACAGCCCGGAAUCCUACCGCCGCGUGGUCGACCAACUCGAAGCCGUGGGCUAUGAGUCGGAUCUCGUCCACCUCCCGUCCGUAGGCCCGGCCCAGCACCUCCCGGACUUUUCCGCCGAUGUGGUCCACAUCCGGGGCCAUAUCCAGCGCCUGGUCGAUGCCGGCAAACUGGUCGUGGUCGUGGUGCACUCCUACGGCGGAAUUCCAGCCAGCGAAGCGGUCAAGGGCCUGGACUGGGAUACCCGGCAGCGAAAUGGCCAAACCGGGGGCGUGGUCCAUCUUUUCUUCUGCUGUUCCUUCAUCGUUCCGGAAGGGAAAUCCCUGCUUGGUGCCUUUGGCGGGAACGACUUGCCGUGGUUCAACAUCUCCGAGGAUCAGCUCGAGGUGUACCCCGACCAACCGGAUGAAGUCUUUUACAACGACAUGUCGGAGGAAGAUGUUCGACAUGCCGUCAGCUCUUUACGGCCGCAUAGCUACCGGACGUAUCAUAGCCCCUGCACCUAUGCGGCCUGGAAGGACGUCCCCAGCACUUAUCUUUACUGUGUCCAGGAUGCCGCGAUCCCUCUGGCAGUGCAAAAAAUGAUGGUGGAGGAGUUGGCGGCGGGAUAUCCUGUCCGUACGGACUUGAUCGACGCUUCCCACAGCCCAUUUUAUUCAAAGCCUAAUGAGGUCGCGUUGGCGAUUCGGAGGGCCGCUGGCGAGGCGGUUUAAUGCGCGGAUACCCGACGAUGGCAAGGAUGAGGUUGUAUGGGAGUGUGUGUGUGUGUGUGUGUGUGUGUGUGUGUGUGUGU